GGCUGCUGUCAGACAGACAAAGGCAAGUCAGUCUCGCCUCUGACUGAAAUCAAAUCAGGGGGAGAAAAAGAAGGCCGAAGGGGUUUGAAAAAAACAUCAUUGUUACAUGCACAGCGUUGGCGACAAAGGAGGCAAUUUCUGUGAGAUUACUAUAUAAUCCUGUUAUUAAAUGCUGUGCUGGACGGAGGCCCUGCCUAGAUUCACAGAUAAAGCUCUUCUCCAGAAUGUCGCACUACACGGACGAGCCCCGCUUCACUAUCGAGCAGAUCGACCUGCUGCAGCGUCUACGGCGCACAGGCAUGACCAAGCAGGAGAUCCUGCACGCGCUCGACACCCUGGACCGGCUGGACCGUGAGCACGGGGACAAGUUCGGCCGGCGCCCGGCCUACGGCGGCGGGAGCGGCGGCGGUGGCGGGAUCUCGGCCGCGGGCGGCGCCGGCAACAACGGCAGCAACAACACCACCUCCUCCACCUCCUCCUCCUCGGCCUCCAGCAACGUGGCAGCCUCCUCGUCCACCGCCACCACCGCCACGCAGACGCAGUACCGCGGCGGGCUCUCGCCGUCGCCCAGCAACAGCUACGACACCUCCCCACCGCCGCCCGCCGCCGUCUCCUCCGCCGUGUCCCUGGUGGCGGUGGCGGCGCAGAACGGGCGGGACAGCCUGGUGGCGGCCGCCACGCCUAACGGGAAGCUGUCCCCGCCCCGCUACCCCGUCAACAGCGCCGUCGGACCCCGGGGGUACAGCUUCGAGGCUGCCGAGGAGGAGCUGGACAUCGACGACAAGGUGGAGGAGCUGAUGAGGCGGGACAGCGGGAUCGUCAAGGAGGAGAUCAAGGCCUUCCUGGGGAACAGGCGUAUCUCACAGGCAGUGGUGGCCCAGGUCACAGGUAUCAGCCAAAGCCGGAUCUCCCAUUGGCUGCUGCAGCAGGGCUCCGACCUCAGCGAGCAGAAGAAGAGGGCCUUCUACCGCUGGUACCAGCUGGAGAAGACCACGCCCGGUGCCACCCUCAACAUGCGGCCCGCCCCCAUGGCCCUGGAGGACGUGGAGUGGAGGCAAACCCCACCCCCGAUCAGCUCCGCCCCCGGAAGCUUCCGCCUGCGGCGGGGCAGCCGCUUCACCUGGCGGAAGGAGUGCCUGGCCGUCAUGGAGAGCUACUUUAAUGAAAACCAGUACCCUGACGAGGCCAAGAGAGAGGAGAUCGCCAACGCCUGCAACGCUGUCAUACAGAAACCAGGGAAGAAGCUGUCCGACCUGGAGAGAGUCACGUCCCUGAAGGUGUACAACUGGUUCGCCAACCGGAGGAAGGAGAUCAAGAGGAGAGCCAAUAUUGAAGCAACAAUCCUGGAGAGCCAUGGGAUAGACGUCCAGAGCCCGGGAGGCCACUCCAACAGCGACGACAUCGACGGCAACGACUACGCUGAGCAGGGCUGCGACGUCCCCUACUUCGAGAAAAGACCGCUGCCCAGACCCUUUGGUUUCUACAGACUUGAACCCUCAUCGCCAACACAGGAUGACAGCACCAGCCACAGCGACCACCAGGACCCCAUUUCCCUGGCCGUGGAGAUGGCCGCUGUCAACCACACCAUCCUGGCUCUCUCCCGCCAGGGCGGCGUCCCCGGAGACAUCAAGACAGAGGCCCUGGACGACGAUUGAAGAGGCCCCGGGGGAGGAGGCGGGC